GUAAUUGAAACAAUGAAAUGAUGGCAUCAAACUCAAAGGAACGAACUUUGGUAUGGUUUCACUCUUGAGAUUUCACAAACUCAUUCUUUUUUCUUCUUCUCAAAAUCUUGUGAGAAGGGAAAUUGAUGGGAGAUGUUGGGCAUUUGAAUCUGGUGAAAUUGAAUUGAAGGGUUGUUCAGGCGUGAUUUUUGAGGUUACUUCCGAAAUCGAUCUUGAAUUGAAUUGGGGGAUUUAAAAGAAGUGUUCUUUAGUUUGUUAUGCUUUUCAUUUGUUGUUGGUUGCUUGAUAGAUAUAGCGUUGUGAGGGGUUUUGGAAGUUGCAAAAGUGCAGCAUGAUGGACCGUCUUCCUGUUGAAGUGAUUGGGAACAUUCUUUCUCGUUUGAGGGCUGCAAGAGAUGUGGUGAUAGCCUCUGCAACGUGCAGGAAAUGGCGACAAGCGUGCUGCAAGCACAUUCAGACACUCUCCUUCAGCUCCAAAGAUUGGCCAAUGUACCGAGAUUUGACAACUACCCGGCUCGAGAUUUUGAUCACACAAACCAUUUUUCAGACCUCAGGGUUGCAGGCCCUCUCCAUUUUGAUGGAAGAUGUGGAUGAAUUCUCGGCCUCCACCGUUACCGCUUGGCUCCUGUACACCAGGGAGACUCUGAGGCAAUUGCAUUAUAAUGUCAAGACUAUGCCUAAUGUUAACAUUCUUGAAAUAUGUGGCAGGCACAAGCUGGAGAUACUAGAUCUGGCUCAUAAUUCCAUUGUGGGGGUUGAGCCUAAUUAUCAGCGAUUCCCUUGUUUGAAAUCUCUUUCCCUGAGUUAUGUUAGUAUAUCCGCGUUGGAUCUGAAUCUUUUGGUGUCUGCGUGUCCGAAGAUUGAAGCCUUGGAGCUUGUCAAUCCUGAGAUUGCAAUGUCUGAUGCUCAGGUGACUGUUGAGUUGAGUAGUUCAACGCUGAAGAGUGUGUAUGUGGAAGCAAUCAGUUUGGACAAGUUUAUAUUGGAGGCUGAUGGGCUUGAGUCCUUGCACUUGAAAGAUUGUGCCCUCGAGUUUUUUGAACUCAUUGGGAAGGGGACCUUGAAGCAUUUUAAGAUUGAUGAUGUUAGUGUUAUACAUCUUGAUAUUGGUGAGACAGUUGAGGAUCUUGAGACUGUGGAUAUCAGCAACUUCACAAUUAUAUGGCCAAAGUUUUACCAGAUGAUUUCAAGAUCUUCAAAUUUAAAGAGGCUUCGGCUUUGGGAUGUGAUGUUUGAUGAUGAGGAUGAGGUUGUGGAUUUGGAAACAAUUGCGACUUGCUUUCCCACCUUGAGCCAUUUAUCUCUGAGUUAUGAUGUGAGAGAUGGAGUGCUUCACUAUGGUUUACAAGGCUCUGCCUAUCUGGAGAAUGUUGCUGUCUUGGAGCUUGGCUGGACUGUGAUAAAUGAUCUUUUCUCCCACUGGGUUGAGGGGCUGCUUAAGCGAUGUCCCAAUCUCAAGAAGUUGGUGAUUCAUGGGAUUGUUUCUGAGGCUAAGUCUCAUGAAGAAUGCCAGAUGUUAGCCAAUUUCACCACAUCCAUGGUUGAGCUGAUGAGGAGAUACACACAUGUAGAUCCAUAUUUCAAGUAUGAAUAGGAUUUCGUCAAACACCUUGUUAUAGCUCCAGCCUUCUUUCAAAUCUAAUUGUGUAGGCUCAUUUUUUAAAUACCUUGUUAUAGCUCAAGCUUUCUUUUAAAUCUAAUUGUGUAGGCUCAUUUUCAGGUAACUUAUUGAACUCGGUUUAUGCACAACUUUUAACUCAUUGUUUGGAAUCUUCA